AUGAGCACAAAUGCCAAUCAACAUUAUAAUAUACUUUUUCUGUGUUUGUUUUUGUAUCAAUCAGGAAGUAAUCAAUCGGAAUAUCGUUACUUUCUUGAUAAAAAUCCACUUGUCGAAUCAGAACAAUAUUUAGCCCUCAAAGACGCAACAACUAUUCGAUUAGAUCCUGACAAGGAAGACCGUGUCAGAAAUUUAAUGCUUAAACUCGCUGAACGUGUUCAUGCACGUCGUCUACAAUUGUUUCCAUUGUUUGAAGAUUUUGAUAGAGUUCGUAAUGGUCAUGUAACACAAAAUCAAUUUUUACGCGUACUAAAUGAUCUUUCUCUAAUGAAUUUAUUAACUGGUUUUGAAAAAGAUAAUUUAUUAGAAAAGUUUCGAGUUCGUGUUGGUGGACGAGAUGAUAUCGAUUAUCUUACAUUUUGCCAUGAACUUAAUGCUUUAGCUGGCUUUGAAGCUGGUAUACCAUAA